GUCGGCACCCAGGAAUCUCAGACCGCCGCCCUCCCCUGAAGACCUCUGACCGUGCCCACGGUGUAGUCCAGCAACCUGGCUUCAUUGCCGGGACGCACAGUCUCGGCUUUCCACUAAGGUCAAGCCCGGGGCUUGGUAGCGUAGCCUCAGCGUGUCCACGCCCCCUCUCCCCUAGGUAGUAGGCCCCGCCCUCCGCUCCGCCGCCCCCUCCAGGUGAGUGGUAGCUUCUCCCGGGAGCGCAAGGUAGUGAUGACACGCGCCCCCCCUCCUCCGAACGCGAGUUGGUAGCGUCCGUGACGGAGUUAGCCUGGUCCUCCCACGCGCGCCUCCUUCCUCGCCGCCGGGGCGCCCUCUCAGUGCCACUGGCUCUCACGUGCCAGAAGCCCACCCCGCAUCAUCCUCUCGCCUCGCUCCUGGAGGCAAGUGACUAUAUCUCCCCCGUCCGCCUUCCAUCGCCGCCGCGGCGGCAAUUCUGUCGGGCCCGCCCGCUGACGUCACCUGCUAGCCCCGCCUCCUCUAGGGUCCCGGGCCCCUGCGGCGGGGGCUGCCCCGGGGGGGCAGUCAGUUGAGGCGGCGGGAGCUCGGCGGAGGGCGGGCCAGGUGACUGGUCCGGGCCAUGCCGAGGAAGAAGCCCUUCAGCGUGAAGCAGAAGAAGAAGCAGUUGCAGGACAAACGGGAGCGGAAGAGAGGGCUUCAAGAUGGGCUGCGCUCCAGUUCCAACAGCCGCAGCGGGAGCCGGGAGCGGCGAGAGGAACAGACCGACACCUCGGACGGGGAGUCUGUGACCCAUCAUAUCCGCAGGCUUAACCAGCAGCCUUCUCAGGGGCUGGGUCCACGAGGCUACGACCCAAAUCGAUACCGACUGCAUUUUGAGAGAGACAGCAGGGAGGAGGUAGAGAGGAGAAAGAGAGCAGCCCGGGAGCAAGUUCUACAGCCGGUCAGUGCUGAGGUGUUGGAACUGGACAUCCGGGAGGUCUAUCAGCCUGGCUCAGUUCUGGACUUUCCUCGACGUCCUCCUUGGAGCUAUGAGAUGUCCAAGGAGCAACUAAUGAGCCAAGAGGAACGGAGCUUCCAAGAGUAUCUUGGGAAGAUUCAUGGGGCUUACUCCUCUGAGAAACUCAGCUACUUUGAGCACAAUCUGGAGACAUGGAGGCAGCUGUGGCGGGUGUUAGAGAUGUCUGACAUCGUCCUGCUUAUCACUGAUAUCCGACAUCCAGUUGUGAAUUUCCCGCCAGCACUUUAUGAGUAUGUGACUGGAGAACUUGGGUUGGCCCUGGUGCUGGUUUUGAACAAGGUGGAUCUGGCCCCGCCAGCUCUUGUGGUUGCCUGGAAGCAUUAUUUCCAUCAACACUAUCCCCAGCUCCACGUCGUCCUUUUCACCUCUUUUCCUCGGGACCCCCGCACCCCACAGGACCCUAGUAGUGUCUUGAAGAAGAGUCGGAGGCGGGGGAGAGGAUGGACUCGGGCCCUGGGGCCAGAGCAGUUGCUGAGAGCCUGUGAAGCCAUCACUGUGGGGAAAGUGGACUUGAGCAGCUGGCGGGAGAAGAUUGCUCGGGAUGUGGCUGGGGCCACCUGGGGUAAUGGGUCCGGGGAGGAGGAGGAAGAGGAGGAUGGCCCAGCAGUCCUGGUGGAGCAGCAGACUGAUUCAGCAAUGGAGCCAACUGGCCCAACCCGAGAGCACUACAAGGAUGGGGUGGUGACCAUCGGCUGUGUGGGUUUCCCUAAUGUGGGAAAGUCCUCGCUGAUCAAUGGGCUGGUGGGGCGGAAAGUCGUGAGUGUCUCCAGAACCCCGGGCCAUACCCGAUACUUUCAGACCUACUUUCUUACCCCUUCUGUGAAGCUCUGUGACUGCCCAGGCCUCAUCUUCCCAUCUCUUCUGCCUAGGCAGUUGCAGGUUCUGGCAGGGAUCUACCCCAUCGCCCAGAUCCAGGAGCCCUACACUGCUGUGGGCUACCUGGCCUCCAGAAUUCCCGUGCAGGCCCUGCUCCACCUGCGCCACCCAGAGGCUGAGGACCCCUCAGCGGAACACCCCUGGUGUGCCUGGGACAUCUGUGAAGCCUGGGCAGAGAAACGUGGUUACAAGACAGCCAAGGCAGCUCGGAAUGAUGUGUACAGAGCAGCCAACAGUCUCUUGCGGCUGGCAGUGGACGGCCGCCUCAGCCUGUGUUUUCAUCCCCCAGGCUACAGUGAACAGAAAGGCACCUGGGAGUCCCAUCCAGAGACCACGGAGCUGGUGGUUUUGCAGGGCAGGGUGGGGCCAGCAGGUGACGAGGAGGAGGAGGAAGAGGAAGAGUUGAGCAGCUCCUGUGAGGAGGAGGGAGAGGAGGACCGGGAUGCGGAUGAGGAGGGAGAAGGGGAUGAGGACACCCCAACCUCAGCUCCAGGGUCCAGCCUGGCUGGCCGAAACCCUUAUGCCCUACUGGGUGAGGAUGAGUGCUGAGUUCCUCGCCCAGCGCCAUCUUCCCACCCAAUAUCUUUGCUUUUGGACUGACCUGGGGGUAUCUCCCCUCUGCCACCCCAAUUGUGAAUAAAGAUUGUUUGCUUUGUA